CUCCUUUUGAGUUCCUGCCGGGACAACAAGGAACUUUUUUGAGAGUUUAGCACAACAAAGUGUGCGUCGUUCUGUUUGUGAGGAGUUCGGACCGACUGCAAUGGCUCCAUUUGGGAAGAACUUCUUGAAAGCUCGUCUGAAAAACAGGACAAAAGACAGUGAGCCCAUCGCUGGGAAGGAAAUCCAAGUAACAGUGUGCAAUGAGGAGAAGGUAGUCUGCGGUGUGACCAAGCACACCACCUGUGCCGACAUGAUUGAGGCAUUGCUGGAAGAUCACAGAUCGGCUCCGGAGAGCAAGCAACUCCUGCGCGGAGAGCCAAAUGACUUCAGUCUGGUGGAGCGUUACAAAGGUUUCGAGAGGGUAUUGCCACCCCUCAGCAGGAUCCUGAGGCUGUGGUACGCCUGGGGGGACCAGAGACCGUUCAUCCAGUUUGUCCUCGUCCAAAGCGGCGAAGUUGUGUCUCAGCGGGCUAUGAAGCCUACGAAGAACCGGAGCCGAUACACCAGGAACCCUCAGGCUCUUCCUGUGGAGAAGCAGAAACGUGUAGUGAGGAAGGCCUUCCGGAAGCUAGAAAAACUCCACAAGGAGAGCACAACAUCCGCCGGUACUGAGGAAAUCGAUCGCAUGGUGCAGCUCAUCCUCAACCAGGACCAAACCAUUCAAGAGCAGAUCCAGCGGAUGGAAGAUCUAGAACUGGAGAUACAGCAGCUUCAAGGAGAGGAAGACCAACAUGACAAGUUGGAGGCUUGCGGCUUGAACUCGGAGGAGCUUGAUACGUUACUACAAGUCAGUGAAAAUGUCCAGCAGUUGGAGCUUCAGAUCCAUAAGCAGCAAGCGCUCAUAGCGCAGCUUUGUCGUGACAUAGACGCCGAGCAGAGGAUGGUAGUGAUUCCCGAGCAUGAAGGAGCAUCAGCCACUCCCUGGACACCGUCUGAGGCCGAUGAGUCGCUCCUGGCCGAGCUGGAAAGGAUCCAAGCUGAGGUGAGGCGUAGCUACCUGGCCGGCGUAUCCCUCCACAGCCAGGCGGCCGAGGUAGACAAGAAAAUCCGCUUCUCUGAGGCCGCCUGGCUCUCCAGAGAUCAGGAGUGCUGGCAGUUGGCCACCGAGCUUCGAUUGCUGCAAAUGAGCGACGAUGCCCAAGAGAUCUGUGGUGGAAAUGCAACAGUGACAAAUGAGGCCGCUGUGGUCAAACAUGUCUCAUUCCCCAUGGAUAUGACGGACACGGACUCAGACACCGGCAUCAGCUCCACGCACAGCCAGGACUCACUGUCACCCGGCCUGGACUUUCCUCCACCGCUGGACACGGACGUCUAAAGGAUGUCGGCACGCGUGCAUCUAAAGAUGUCUGGAGACCAAUGCCAAAAGGUUUCUGGACACAGAUGUCUAAAGGAUGUUUCCACCACUGGUCACAGAUAUUCAAAGAUGUCUGGACAGAGAUUUCGAAAGGAUGUAAGGCCAAGGAUUUAAGCUGUCUGGACAUGGAUGUGUUAAGGAUUUUUGGACAUGGACUUCUAAAGGGUGUUCGGAUCCGUACAUCUGACAAUGUCUGGACAUGGACAUCUGAAGAUGUCCAUCCUCGAUCUUAAGGAUGUUUCUGACACCGGACAAAAACCAAACCUCUCAAGAAAGUCUCUAUCACUGGACAUGAAUAUAUAAAGAUGUCUAGGCCAAUAGUAACCAAAGUCUAAAAUACACAUCUAAAGACAAAUCAUCCAUGGACCCUUUUGCUACCGUUUAUCCGGUUUUGAUUCACAGGUGAGCUGGACUGUAGCCCAUGUUGGCUCGAUUGCCAACCAAUGACGGGAUGCAUAAAGAGACGAAGAAAAAAAGUUCAGUGAUAGAACCACUACACUAUCAGUGACCUGACUACUGCCCCAUUUAUCCUGUUCAGGAUCACAGUUGAACUAGACAAGCCAGAGACGGGUUUACACUUGUCUUACGUUCUCUACGAUCGGACAAGCCGACAUUGAAGGCCGGUCAAUGACCGAGUACUUUCUAUCCAAAAUCCUGUCGGCAGUUUUCUGUACCACUUGUUCUCAUUAGGGUUGCGUGUGAGCUGGAGCCUACCAGGGACACCCUGGACUGGUUGCCUGUUGAGCGCAAAGAGUACCACAAUCCGACCUGCAGUUACUUCAGCCUCAGCCAAAUACGGCUUAUUUCCUUGUUUUACAACAAUGUUCUAGAAGUUGCCUUUGAAGACCUCCGGAAUUGUUUGAACUGACUGAACAACUACACAAAGUAGUUUUGGAAUUUUCUUUAAAAGCCAUAAACCACUUAUUAAUGAACUUUAACAGUGUUUUAUAUUAAAACUCACGAAGGCGAUACUGUACAUCUUUAUAUAAAUAUGAGAUUUAUAUAAGUUCAAUAUUGACACAAAUGUACAUAUAAAGUAUAUGUCCGUUGUUUUUAUCUACAGUGUUUUGUAUCCAUUAUAAAUCUCUAGUUUUUAAUAUGUAUUACAGUUGUACAAAGACUAUACAGUAUAUUUAUUCAUCACACAACUUUAAUCUACACAAUGAAGUUGAAAUGUGCAUUCUAAUUUUCAUAAUAAACCAAUGAAAAGGUGACACAAGUUGAA